AGAGGCGGCCCCGUGGUUCGUGCGGGUCUGCCUACCCGUCCAGGCGCCCACAGGGACCUGACCCCGGCCGGUGCGCAGCGUCUCGAGGUCAGAGCCGCGCCGCACCAGCUGGAAGGAGGGAGCCGGAGUCGACCCAGCAACACCGCAGCAAACAACCGAGCCGCAGAGAUGAAGCUGGCCGUCCUCGCCCUGCUGGCCCUCGCCGCCGCCGUGUCCGCCGACGCCGGCGUCUCAAUCGGCCACGGCCACUCCGGAGGCUACGGUGGCUACCCGUCCUACGGCGGCUACGGCGGGAUCUCUCACGGCUACGGCGGCUACGGACACUCGCACGGCUACGGCGGCUAUGGCGGACAUGGCCAUGGCUACGGCGGCUACGGACACUCUCACGGCUACGGCGGCUACCCCAGCUAUGGCUAUGGUGGCUACGGAGGACACAGCCACGGCUACGGAGGUUAUCCCAGCUACGGGUACGGCCACAGUUACGGCUACGCGCCGUCAUAUGGCUACGGUGUGGUGUACUAGCAGUUAAGUGUUAUCUAGUCUAUGCUCUGGCUCUAAAUAAAUGACCAAAAGUACC